UUAACAAAGUUGUAUCUACACUCAUUGACUUUCAGUAUGCUCAUAAGCAUCGUAAAAUCUUUUUCAGCCUGACACAAUAACAUGAUACCUUUAUGAAAACAGUAAUGCAAUCUACAAGUGAGUGCACCCGUGCACUAUUCAGAGGAUGCAGUCCAUUUAAAUGAAAGGGAUUUAAUCUGUUCGACAUCAGCUUUGCACAAGCUCCAUUGACAAUGAGCUGUUUGCAUUGUUUGUUGAAAUCAAUUCUAUGCAAUCUGAUGUAGCUCAUGGAAUGGAUGUUUCUUUUGUAGUAUAUGUUUUGUUGAGUUGAUGUUUAAAUGGCUUCCGGUCCACAGUUAUGGAGCUUUGACUUGAAGGGUUACCGCUGUUCUAGUAAAUGUCAUUCAAUCUCAAACUUACAAUAAGAAAGUUCUCUCUCUCUCUCUAUGGUUGUGACAGACCACUUAUAGCCCCUCUGCUGGCCGUAGCUGGUAUCUGAUACGUGAGUUAAGAUCCAGGAAGUGAAAUGUUAUAUGGGUUAUUGGGAGCCACUCCAAAGCCUACUCCUCAGCACAAUUGGAAACGAAACUCAUCUCUUCAGCUCAGUCUGCUUGCAUUUCAAAAUGGCAGAAGCCAUGGACUCAAUCAGUUGUUCAAUCUGUUUGGAGAUACUGAAGGAUCCAGUGACUAUUCCCUGUGGACACAGCUACUGUAUGGACUGUAUUAAAUGCUUCUGGGAUCAGAAACUUGUCUGCAGCUGCCCCCAGUGCAGACAGAUCUUCCCUACAAGGCCUGUUCUGAACAAAAACACUGUCAUUGCAGAAUUGGUGGAAACACUGACAGAAAUAAAUACGAAGAAGAUUCAGGAGGUGAGACUUAAGAUGAAGGUUGUUUCACCUCCUGAACCCAAUACCAGAGAAGAGUUCUUGAAAUAUUCCUGCCAGCUCACAUUGGACCCCAACACAGCUAAUAGAUAUCUGCGUCUGUCUGAGGGGAACAGGAAGGUGACCAGGAGUGAAAAUGCUGAGUCCUAUCUUCACCAUCCAGACAGAUUUAACUUCUACUGCCAGCUGCUGUGUAAAGAAGCUUUGUCUGGAACCUGCUACUGGGAGGUAGAAAGGAGUGGGAGCAAGUGUAAAGUUGCCGUGUCUUAUAAAGGGAUCUGCAGGAGAGGAGAUGGAGUGGAUGUUAGCUUUGGACGAAAUUAUCAGUCCUGGACUUUGGUCUGUGAUCCGUCUAUCUGCUCUUUCAGGCACAAUAAUAUCAAUACUGAUAUCCCUACCCCCUGCUCCUCCAGAGUAGGAGUGUACCUGGACCACAAGGCAGGAACUCUGUCCUUCUACAGUGUCUCUGACAAGAUGACCCUCCUCCACAGAGUCCAGACCACAUUCACUCAGCCCCUCUACCCUGGAUUCUGGGUUGGUCCUGGUUAUGGAUCAUCUGUGAAGAUACUGACACCAAUAUAGUAAAUUAACAAAGUUGUAUCUACACUCAUUGACUUUCAGUAUGUUCAUAAGCAUCGUAAAAUCUUUUUCAGCCUGACAUAAUAACAUGAUACCUUUAUGAAAACAGUAAUGCAAUCUACAAGUGAGUGCACCCGUGCACUAUUCAGAGGAUGCAGUCCAUUUAAAUGAAAGGGAUUUAAUCUGUUAGACAUCAGCUUUGCACAACCUCCAUUGACAAUGAGUUGUUUGCAUUGUUCUUAAAGAAACACAUAUUUAUCUACACUUAUUGACUUUCACUGUGUACAUAUACAUCAUGCAAUCUGUUUCAACCUGACAGACUUAACAUUAUUUUAUGAUACAAACUACUGGUGAAUGCACAACAUGUGCACUACUGUUAAAAUAUGAACUGUCCACAGUCUUUGUCACUGAAAGGGAUUGAUUCUAAUGUUAGGCAUCAGUGUACACAAAUUACUAUACCCUGUUCAAAGGCACUUAAAUAUUGCCCAUUCACCCUCUGAAUGGCACACAUACCCAGUCCAUGUCUCAAGGCUUAAACAUCCUUAUUUAAUCUGUCUCCUCCCCUUCAUCUACACUGAUUGAAGUGGAUUUGACAAGUGACACCAAAAAGCGAUCAUGGCUUUCAUCUGGAUUCACCUGGUCUAUGCCAUGGAUAAAGCACUUGCGUUUCAAAAUGGCAGAAGCCAUGGACUUGAUCAGUUGUUCAAUAUGUUAGGAGAUACUGAAGGAUCCGGUGACUAUUCCUUCUGGACACAGCUACUGUAUGGACUGUAUUGAAGGCUACUGGGAUCUGGAUGUCCAGAAGCUUGUGUGCAGCUAGCCCUUGAUCAUGACUCUCUGUUGCAUUACGUUACACAUCAAAGUCAUUGGACGGUGCCGUUUUCUGUAGGGGCAAAAUAUGUUAAGAGCCAUGACGCUCUUUCCGAACAUUAUCAUGCAUCACUUGCGGUACAGUUUUGGAAGCAUAAGGACCUUGUAUUUCACAUCGGCAAGAAAUUAUUUUUAAAAAACAAAAGGUUAAAUUGAUGCACAAUUUUAUAGGGUUAGGAUUCCCACACGGACAACAGACGGAAGACCAACUGGACUACCUGUGCUAAUUAGCUAUAUGCAUCUUUCGAACACCUGUGUAUAAAUGGAAGACGGAGGCCACAAACGUGUUGUCCCUGAAAAAUACUGUCAGCUACAACUGUGUUAAAACCGAUUAAAACAGUAUACAGUGAGUGUGUAUUUUGCAUUUGUGAAUAUAUAUUGUUGUGAUAUGAAAGUGGAUGGAUUUAUGUUUCUAGAACCGUACCACAAUUGAGAAUUCACUUGGGCUAUUUAAGCCGGUAAGGCCCGCCUGCUCUUUGUGCGGGCUUCAUUUUCCUGUGUGUAUGUUUGUGGUGGUGCGUUUCCCUUUGUUUUUCCAACGGACGGGUUGGGGCCUGGUUUUGGGCCAGUCUCGUAUGUGCACCCAGUAUUGGCGUGACCAUUUUUCUCUGUUACGGAAUAAAACAUUGUUCUUUA